AGGUGCAAAUACCUGGUCGAAUCCCGCCCCUGUCUUCUCCCUGUUGGUCAACUCCGCGGUUAUUAUCAUAACAAACAAAGAAUGGCUGGUAGUUUGGCGGCGAGGGUUUGGGUUUAAGGAGCCGAGCUCUCUGGCCCUUUGGUACCUGAGGAACGGGAGCGUGGGUUCCGUGGGCCGUGUUAAAGGGGCCGGGCAGCCGAGGUCCACGGAGGGGCAGCGGCUGGCCCCGGAUCAGUCAAAUAACUUAGGGCAAAAGCAGAAUUAGACGUAGGUCCUUUUCUCCUGGUCAUGUCUAGUGUCCGGCCUGGAUCUCCCCAAAAAGUUCUAUGCCCCAAAUCACUGGGACCUAAAGCUGGUUGUUGGCCUGUCACUGGGCCUAAGUUUUCCUGUGAGCUGAAAGGUUCUAAUUCAGAUUCUCUGGGACCUUCCUGGUCAGCCCUCCCAGCUGCUUAAUCUGAGCUGAAUUUACUUGUUCUCUCGCUCAGAUGCUAGUUUAUCCGUUUGAUCUUCCACCUACUUAUUUAUCCAUUACUCAGGCAUUUAGAAUGUCUUGCUGAGCUAUACCACCAUUCGGCUGUGGUUUAGGAGGUGGUUAGUGUCCUACAUUUCUGACACUGGAUGGGUAUGGCGUGGAACAUCAGAGAGGAGCAGAAAGUAGGUCUCUGUCUGGAGGAGGUAAAGAUCAAGCAGAGCUCUGCCAUCUUCGAUUCUGUAGAAUUUUGUGAUGCCAGUCUGCAUUCUGGAUUCCUCCACAUGUGGCUUCCAUUCUCCUCCCUCCUUUGAACAGCCUAUAAAUACUAGGAUGGUGUCUGAGGCUCAGAGAGGUUAAGUGACGUAGCCAAGGUCAAACAGCUAGUAGUGGAGCCAGCAUUCAAACCGAGGUCUGUCUGAUUCCCUCAAGGAGAGGCUUUUUUCUUGCUACCUUCCCAAAGGCACCCCAUCCCCAAAUCAAACUAACCAAAUGACGGUCAAAAACCAAACACAUCCGAGAGCUCAAUUCACCUGACCCUGUCCCUCAGUCUAGGAGCCAUGUCCACCUUGUUCCCCUCACUCUUCCCCCGUGUGACUGAGACACUCUGGUUUAAUCUGGAUCGACCCUGUGUGGAGGAGACGGAGCUGCAGCAACAAGAACAGCAGCAUCAGGCCUGGCUCCAGAGCAUCGCAGAGAAAGACAACAACCUGGUACCUAUCGGCAAGCCGGCCUCAGAGCACUACGACGACGAGGAAGAGGAAGAUGAAGACGAUGAUGAGGACAGCGAGGAGGACUCAGAGGACGACGAGGACAUGCAGGACAUGGAUGAGAUGAACGACUACAACGAGUCACCUGAUGACGGAGAGGUCAAUGAGGUGGACAUGGAAGGCAAUGAACAGGAUCAGGACCAGUGGAUGAUCUAGGUAGACAAGGCAGAGUGGUCUCAGGGAGAUUCCAGGUCAGCCCACCCCGCCCUGGACCCCCUGCAGAACCAGCCGAUCACCCCCAGGGCUGGAAAGCUCACCCUUGGGUGCCUUCUCAGCUGCUGCAGGACCUGGCCUCCGUGGCCCCUCCUAGGCCAUCCGUUUGCCCUUGAAUCCCCAAGGCCUGAGCCACCCCACCGUUCUGGCCAGCACCUCACCCCUUGGUUGCUGAUCUAGUUUCUUUCUAAUUCUUUAAUAAAGACACAGUACUGAUUUUUCC